GAUAAGGUUAUAACCAGCAGCGGAAGAGUUUCCGAAAGCAGUCGACAUUUGGACGUUUGCGUUUACACAUCGAAGUUGUAAGGCAGAGUUAAUAAAAAUAUUAAAGAAAAAAAACAAAGAAUAAAAACAGGAGAUACCAUGUCGAAGGCGGUGUUUAUCAUUGCAACGAUUCUGAUAUCCGUUGUGCUGGCGUCGCAAGCAAUUGAGGAUAAUCAUCGGUCACACAAACAGCACAAACGUCAGCACUCGCCGUCUGUUGGUCACCACAAUGGUCAUCCGGCGGAGCAUGCCAAGCACCAUAUACAGGAUCUGAAUAAGGAGAAAAUUAAUCAUGGUCAAAUGCCAGUGCCAUUGGCACCACAUCAUUCCAAGUCCCAACGCAACGGAAGACGUCACAAGACGUCCAAGAGCUCCAAGCUAUCGAAGAACCAUCAUCAUCAGCAGUCGAAACCAAGCCAUCAUAAAGUGCAUCAGUCCCAUAAGACACAUGGUCAAGGAAGGAAGCACCACUAGUAGUUUCUUAGAGUUUCCUUUUUGAAACUGGCCUCAAUCAUUCCUAUGUAACUUAAUUUUUCUUAUAUACAUACAUAUAUCUAAUGUAAUAUCCAACUUUUUGAUGCCACAUAAAAAA